AAUUCUUAUCCUCCUCUCUCUCUCUCUCUCUCCACAAUUCAGCAAUGGCUUCAGCGCUCUCUUAUGUAACCCUCCACACCCCCUCUUGCCCCACGCCCUCCACCGCUCACCCCGCCCCCACAUUCCCCCGCCACACCAUCGAAUUCCCCCUCAAAACCUCCCCCCCACACCUCCGCCGCUGCACCACACACCUCCGCCCCCUCGCCGCCGUCGAUGCUCCGGAGAAAGUCGUCGAGCUCGGCGACCAGAUCUCGAACCUCACCCUCGCCGACGCUCAGAAGCUCGUCGAGUACCUCCAGGACAAGCUCGGCGUCUCCGCCGCCUCCUUCGCCCCCGCCGCGGCCGCCGUCGCUCCGCCGGCGGCGGGAGACGCCGCUCCCGCAGUGGAGGAGAAGACCGAAUUCGACGUGGUGAUCGACGACGUGCCGAGCAACUCGAGGAUCGCGACGAUUAAAGUGGUUAGGGCUCUGACGAGCCUGGCGCUCAAGGAGGCGAAGGAAUUGAUCGAAGGAUUGCCGAAGAAAUUCAAGGAAGGAGUGACGAAGGAGGAGGCGGAGGAGGCGAAGAAGCAGCUCGAGGAGGCCGGCGCGAAGAUCUCUAUUGUUUAACAAGGAUGCAGAGGAAAUUCGAUCGACUAAUUUUGUGCGGUAAAUGUAUUUCAAUUCCUGGUCGAUUUCGUUUGAGAUUCGAUAUAGAUGUGUAGAUGCAGUUCAUAAUCUGAAUUUGUGAUUCAAUUGAGCUCAAUUUUCUGUUCAA